AUGUCUGAAGAAUUGGGUAAAGCUCAGGAUGAAGAACCAGAGGAAACUCCUGUGCUUGAACCUGAAGGUGCAGCCUCAAAACUUGGAAUGCAAGGAAAGGAACAACACAUCCCCACAGAAGGAAGACACAGUGCUCAGAGUGAAGAAUCAGACAGAACUCCUAUGCCUGAACAUUGGGAUGCAGCCUCAAAACUUGGAACACAAGGAAAGAAACAAAAACCUUCAAAAGAAAUAAGACAUAGUAUUCAGGGUGAUGAACCAGACGAAACGUCUAUGCCUGAACAUCAAGAUGCAGCCUCAAAACUUGGAAUGCAAGGAGAGAAACGAAAACCUUCAAAAGAAAAGAGACAUAGUAUUCAGAGUGAAGAACCAGACAAAACUCCUAUACUUGAUCAUGAAGAUUCAGCCUCAAAACUUGAAAUGCAAGGAAAGAAAGAAAAAUCUUCCAAAGAAAGACAUAGUAUACCAGAUGAAAAUCUUACAUUUGUGCCUCAAGAUUCCAUGUCAAAAUCCCAAAUGCAAGCAGAGAGAGAAACAAUUUCUGGAGAGAAAGCACAUGAUACCCCAAAACAGGAUGAAUCCUCUGAAAAUCUACUGCCUGAGGAGAAAGUUUUAUUAUCUGUAAGCCAGUCUCAAAUUGAAAAACUGGAAGCUAUCAGCAGUGAGACUCUUAAGACUCAAGAUACACAUGAAAGUCUAGAGUCACCUGUAGAAUAUGUGGGUCAAGUUGAAACAACUGAAGUUGGCCAAGCUCAAGGAAUGAGAACUAAAUAUGAAGUGGCUUCUCAACUUCCAGUUACAUCAGAAAAUCUUCCAGCACUGUACCCAACAAUAGAUGACAUAAUAUCUCACUUAGACAUGGAUAAAGUGGUUGAAAACGAUGUACAACACUUAAGAGAUGCUUUUGGCCAACACUUGCAGAAGGAUGAAUCUGAGACACCCUCACCCUCUCUUCCUGGUACAAAAGACAAGCACAUUCCUUUUAUUGUUAUUAGUGUUUCUUCUAGUGAGUUCCGGCAGUGGCACAUCUGA